CUCUUUUCAAACACACACACACACACACUCUCUCUCUCCAACGCCACCUCUCCCUUUCUAGAGACGCACACAUUACACACAUGUCAUUUGUAUCCAAAGUUGCUCGUCGCUCAAUACCCAUCCGGCUCGCCCAGGUACGACUGAUUUUUCUUCUUUGCUCGACCAGCACUUUACUACUUUAUUAAAAACGAUGAUACCAUCCGACCCAACCACGACAAUUCAACAGCAAAAACGCUGCUACGCUGCAGGUUCAGCUCAACCUCAAGACGGUAUACAGCAAGGCGUUGCUUAUUCACAGUUGCUCAAACGUGGUCCUGAUGAUGCUUUACGCAACCCUGAGCUGGCUCAUAUCAGCGCAAUCAACGGUGAAACACGUAAAAUGAACCUGUUCCAAGCAGUCAACGAUGCGAUGUCUAUUGCCCUAGCCACCGAUGACAACGCAGUUGUCUUUGGUGAGGACGUGUCGUUUGGCGGUGUGUUUCGAGCAACGAUGGGUCUCGCCGAAAAGUUUGGCAAGGAUCGGGUGUUCAAUACGCCGUUGACGGAACAAGGCAUUGCUGGUUUUGCGAUUGGUAUGGCUGCCGUGGGCCAUACUGCGAUCGCCGAGAUCCAGUUUGCCGACUAUAUCUUCCCAGCCUUUGACCAGCUUGUCAACGAAGCUGCCAAAUAUAGAUAUCGCUCUGGAAACCAGUUCAAUGUCGGUGGCUUGACUGUCCGUGCACCUUGUUCUGCUGUGGGUCACGGUGGUCAUUAUCACUCGCAAAGUCCCGAGGCUUUCUUUGCGCAUUGCCCCGGUUUAAAGAUUGUCAGCCCUCGUAGCCCUAUCCAGGCCAAGGGUCUGUUAUUAGCAUCUAUCCGUGAUCGCAACCCCGUCAUCUUCUUUGAACCCAAAAACUUGUAUCGUGCUGCAGUGGAGGAGGUUCCAGUAGCAGACUACGAAUUGCCUUUGGGCAAAGCCGAAGUAUUGAAGAAGGGAAAGGAUGUAACAGUUGUUGGUUACGGCGCACAAAUGUAUACCUUGGAAAAUGCUGUCCAGCUAGCAGAAAAGAAGAUGCCGGGCUUAAGCUGCGAGCUGAUUGACUUGAGAACAAUUGUGCCUUGGGACGUGGAUACGGUGGUCGAGUCGGUCAACAAGACAGGUCGUUUGGUGAUUGCUCACGAAGCCCCCAAAUCAAGCGGUAUGGGCGCUGAAAUUGCGUCGGCUAUCAUGGAACGAUGCUUUUUGCGCUUAGAAGCACCUAUCCAGCGUGUGUGUGGUUGGGAUACACCUUUCCCCUUGGUCUUCGAAAAGUUUUAUAUGCCUAGUAUGAUCCGAUGCUUUGAUGCCAUCAAGAACUCUGUAAACUAUUAAAUCUAAUUAUAUGUAACACGUUCCUCUACUCCUACAUACAUAGAAGAAAAAACAGUACAUAAACACAUGAAGCUAUUACUUGCAGCAUAAUACAUUU